GCACCCAAUGAAUAUUUGUGUAAAAUCCACUCCUCUAAUCGUUUGUACUUUAAAAAAAAAAAAAAAAUUUCUUAUCCAAAUAGUUGGUCAUUGGGCCUUUGAGUCAUGGGCCUAAUGGGACUUUUGCUUCGAACAUAAUGGGUCAGGGAAUAGUUUCCAUGACAAAAUGGGCCGAAUUUGGGCCAAGCAACAAAUGACAUGGCCCAAACCUGAACGAUCUCUCAAGCUUAAACUCUCUUUUCCGCUUCACUACGACUCUGAUGUUUGUGUGGCUCUGUGACAUAAAUUCCAGUCGCUCAGUACUUUCCCUCUCAGCCAGCCCCCAACAUUUUGUGCGAGGGCUAACUUUGCCUCCAUAUCUGAAAAGGCUUCAGAAUCUUGUUGGGUUUUCAGCUCCAUUAGAGUACCGAGCUAGCUGAAAAAGUCAUGUCAGAAAAGGAAGCAAACCCAACAUUUAGCAAGUCAACUGGCCUGCCUCGGAAGCGUUUCUACCGAGCAAGAGCACACAGCAACCCUCUGAGUGACUCCCACUUUCCAGUACCCAUCUCCCCAGGUCAUGUGGAUUAUUCUCUUCAUUACCCGCAACACUUCCCCUCAUCUGAUCAAGUGGACAGCGGUAAAAAGAUCCAGUUUGCAGAUAUUGGUUGUGGUUUUGGGGGACUGCUGAUAAGUCUUUCAACCCUUUUCCCCGAGACGCUGAUGAUCGGAAUGGAGCUUAGAGAUAAGGUGACAGAGUAUGUCAAGGAAAGGAUCUUGGCUUUAAGGGUGACAAAUCCUGGCCAAUACCAAAAUAUCUCAGUGGUUCGGACUAAUUCCAUGAAAUACAUUCCGAAUUACUUUGAGAAAGGACAGCUUUCGAAGAUGUUUUUCCUGUUCCCGGAUCCUCACUUCAAAGAGAAAAACCAUCGCCGUAGGGUCAUCAGUCCAUUCUUACUGGAUGAGUAUGCUUAUGUUCUAGAGGUUGGUGGGAUUAUAUACACAAUUACAGAUGUUGAAGAACUUGGCGACUGGAUGAAGGCUUGCUUGGAGAAUCAUCCUAUGUUUGAAGCUCUCACAGAUGAAGAGCUCAAAGCCGAUCCAGUUACGAAGCUAUUGAGUUCUGCAACAGAGGAAGGACAGAAGGUUGACAGAAAUGGGGGACAGACUUUCCGAGCUGUUUACAGACGCGUUGCACCAUCCCUAUGACUUUCAGCGUCGACCAGUGGAUUGAUUAACUUGGAAUUGUAGUGGAUUUUUUGUGUGUGUCAGUUUGCAACUGCCAAAGUACUCUUGACAAGGGUUGUCUGGUUUUUGAAAUCUUUGAUUUACUAAUUUUAUUGAACUAUACAUGUUUUUCACGCUACACUUCUAUUAUCAAUCUUUCUCUUGAUACAUGGAUUUAUCAUCAGACUUGUGGAUAUACAUGUUUACCCAUUCAUUAUUUACGAAGAAGCAAGUCUUUUUUUUUUUUUUUGGUCAAAGAAGCAAUUCUCAUUCAUGCUAUUUUUUUGUUUUUUUGGGAAAGAUGCUUUAUUAAAAACAUCGUAAGAGUGUAUAAAGGAUAGGAUCCGAAAUUCAAAAUGAUUCAGAAAUGAAAACUUAAUUUUAAAAAAAGAUUCGCGGCUUAAACACUCACAAGAAAACAAAGAGAAAGAAAGAAGAAGAAAAAAUACUGCACUUUUGGUUACCAACCAUCAUCCAUUACUUUCAAGUUGGUACGCUAAAUUUACUUAUCAAUGAGAAAGAAAAGCCUAUUUCUUACUUUUCUAUGAACUUAUAUGAACUUAAGAGGAUGUGAAUUCUCUUUUCUAAAAUUUGAAGAUAUUUUUUAAAAAUAAAAAUAAAAAUAAUUAGAAGAUAUAAUUUUCUUUAAAUAAAAUAAAAAAGACACGAGGUGAUGAAGUUGGAAUUUAACAACUUAUCGGAUUCGAAACCGCACCGACCCAAAAACUGAGCUGAUAUCAGCCUUUGCCGACUGAGAAGAAGCAAAAGACGAAGCAUUUAUCGAUUUGAUUGAAGGAAGGAAAUAUGGCCACAAACAGCAGAGAAGCCCGAAGGAGGAAGAUAAUGGAGCGAGGAUCCGACCGCCUAGCCCUAAUCACGGGUCGGAUCCAAACCCUACCAUCCUCCUCUUCUUCAUCAACAGACCCAGCAACUCACCCUGAAGAUACAGACCCACCAUCGCACCCGUUGAUUUCCCAUGAUCAGGAGCCCCAAAUCCAUGUCCCAGAUCAAAUCCCAGUGGUCACCCCUGAGAUUGAGGAAAAGGGGUUUGAUUUGCAAUGUGACACAAAUACUGAAGAAGUCUUUGGAGCCACUGAUUCACAAACCCAACCACUUGUGUCCUCAUCAUCAAGGGUUGAAAGACCAUCACCAUCAUCAUUACCAACAUUAACACCAUUUCAAAAACCUAGACUUGUCACUUGGACUGGAAUAAGUGAUGCCAUUGAAGCAACAGAAGGGACCCGCAUUUACAUUUCAUUGGCAGUAGCCUUGUUGGUGGUUUUAGCCCAUCUGGGUUUUCCUUUACUUGGGAGUAAAAUGGUGAAGACUCUUUUGGGUUUUAGGCCUCUCUAUCUAGUUUUGGUGACCAAUGUAACACUCGUGCUUGUGCGAAUUGUCGAGAGCGGUAGACGAAGACUCUCUGGAAUGGCUGGCAGAUUUGGUGAGCUUAAUAUGCCAGUUGACGGAUAUGAAUGGGCUGAUCGGUUAGGCAGGACUUUACAGGCAGGCUUGGUGAUGAAGAAGGUACUUGAUGCUCUGUUCAUGGACUGUGCUGUGUAUGCAAUAAUUGUUGUAUGUGGCCUCUCUUUUGCACAGCAGUUGAGCUAGAAUUUGCAUGUUGUAUUUUUGGUAUGUCAGCUUAUAUCAGUGAACUUGCCCUUCUGGUUUUGUAACUUACAUUAUGCAACUUAACUGCUGCUUGAGCAGCAUUUUCUAUAUGUUAAUAUUCCUUUGGGAUAACAAAAAUGAUUUUAAAAAAAAUGGUAAGUACCUUUCUUCUA